AGGGGACCUGGAACAAAGCGGGAGAGGGACUCUCGUCACACUGGUGUCUGCGGCCCAAGAGAAGGGAAGGGGCCCCAGGGAGCCCCGCAAUGGAAGGAGAGGGAAAGAAGUAAGCCGCUCAGCUCGCAAGAGGAGGAAGUGGGAGAUGCGCUGCUUCCUGUAGAGGGACCGACGACUGAAGACAAAGCUGGGUGGGGACUCGUCCCCGGGCUGCAGGCGCUGCUGCGACGCGUCCCGCGCGCCGGGCCGGGCGGGCUGCGCCGAGCUCGCCGCGCACAGCAGCUGCAGGCAGCGCCAGAGCCGCGCUCCGCCGGCCUCCGGAGCCCAGCCAGAUCUGCCAGGGAGCCUCAGGCUUUGGGAAUUGAAAAGUGCGUCUGAGAAGCCCGCCCAGCAUUCCAAUGGCCAGCAACAACACGGCCAGCAUAGCUCAAGCCAGGAAACUGGUGGAACAGCUGAAGAUGGAAGCCAACAUCGAUAGGAUAAAGGUGUCCAAGGCAGCUGCAGACUUGAUGGCCUACUGUGAAGCGCAUGCCAAGGAAGACCCUCUCCUGACGCCUGUCCCGGCUUCAGAGAACCCGUUUAGGGAGAAGAAGUUUUUCUGCGCUAUCCUUUAAGUCUUCAAGAGGAGCCUGAGGGGCCUCGGGGCUCCAGGGACACUGAUGUAGAGUUUUUAGCAAAGUGGGCACCUUUCUAGUCCACAGCAUUUAAAGAGAGGGAGGAGAACCAUCCUGGAGACUCCAGGCUAUGCAUGUUUAAAGAACUGGUCCCCUUUAUGAGAAUGAAAGCUGAUUCACACCCCGAGUUAAGAGAUCUGAUCUCCGCAGAAUUGCCUGGAGGAGGGGAACAUGUAAAGAUAUAAUCGGUGUCAUUUCUUUCCUGCUGCCCCUCCCCAAACCUUAUGUUUCUGCUUCAUAUUUAAAAAAUUAAAAUUAAAACAGA